CACAAACGAAAGGCCCCAUUGUUACUAAACUUCAUCCCUACAUACAAAUCCACUUUACCCGACGUCCCAAGAAAAAGAAAGAAGAGUCUUUCUCCACCCACAGCCACGACCCUAACUGCUUCUACAUCCCGAACAGAUCAAGAGUCCACAUCUGACCCAGCCGAUCUUCCAUCAACCUCGGCCCCCUACUUAAUACCAAUUCCUGAACGUAAACGUCGACGAAGGCUUGUAAAGACUGCCGAAAUGGUUCGUCCAAGGCCUGUCGUUCAAGACCUUCUCGCCGAUCUUCCAACUGACGCCGAAGCCGCACCAACGCAAUCAAUGCUCCCACCCAAACCAAAGAGAGUUAAAAAGGCUCAGCCUAAGGCCAGGGCUACAGAUGCCGAGGCUGAGGAUGCUCUGCCGAUUUCUAAACUAGCAGAAAGCAAAAAAUCAGCCUCUACUUCAACCAAGAGGUCUGUUGAGGGCCAACCCUCAGGGUCUACACAAUCGAAGAAGGCGAGGUCAUCGUCCGCGACAACCUCGGUUUCAAAGAAGCCCGAUGUCCCCUGGGCCCCUGAUCUAUC